AUGGGCCCUGAAUGGAUUAACACGUUUUUUAGAGUUUCAGGGCUGGAAAGCCCUGAAAGGUCUGGCGCCGACGGUGAGGCCUGGAUCUUCAACGCCGACGGUGAGGCCUGGCGCGCGCAGCGGAAGGUCGCCAGCCACGAGUUCAACACGCGCUCGCUCCGCGCCUUCGUGGCGCGCUGCGUGCACGCCGAGCUGCACGGUCGCCUUCUUCCGCUGCUGCGCCGCGCCGCGGCGUCCGGCGCCCCCCUCGACCUCCAGGACGCGCUCGAGCGGUUCGCGUUCGACAAUAUCUGCCGCGUCGCCUUCGACCACGACCCGCGCCAGCUCCCGGACGAUGGCGACGACACGGCGGACAGCAGCUUCGCCGACGCGUUCCGUGACGCCGCGAAUCUCAGCGCGGGCCGGUUCCGGUACGCGCUCCCCGGGUUUUGGAAGAUCAAGAAAGCGCUGAACGUGGGUUCUGAGAAGCGGCUGCGGGACUCCAUUGCGAUGGUGCACGACUUCGCCGAUCGCAUAAUCCAGUCACGCCGGGAGGAGAUGCUGAGUGCCGGUUUUGAGAAGCACGACCUCCUGUCGCGGUUCAUGGCGAGCCAGGACGAGACCUACUCCGAGUCCGAGGUGCCCCUCCGCGACGUGGUGAUCAGCUUCCUACUCGCGGGGCGGGAGACCACGUCGUCGGCGCUCACCUGGUUCUUCUGGCUGCUGUCCUCGCGGCCGGACGUGCAGCGCCGCAUCCGCGACGAGGUCGCUGCUUUGCGCGCCCGGCGUGCACAGGGCGACGUCGAUAGCGUCGUCGGGUUCGACCUGGACGAGCUCCGCGAGAUGCACUACGUGCACGCGGCCAUCACGGAGUCGAUGCGGCUGUACCCGCCGGUGCCGUUGAACACGCUGCGGGCGGAGACGGACGACGUCCUGCCCAACGGCACAGCCGUGCGGGCAGGGUGGUUCGUGGCGUACAAUUCCUAUGCGAUGGGGCGGAUGAAGUCGGUCUGGGGCGACGACGCGCGGGAGUACCGGCCGGAGCGGUGGCUGAACCCCGGCGACGGGACGUUCCGGCCGGACAGCCCGUUCCGGUUCGUGGCAUUCCACGCGGGGCCCAGGCUGUGUCUGGGCAAGGAGAUGGCGUACAUCCAAAUGAAGUCCAUCGUGGCGUGCGUGCUGGAGGAGCUCGACGUCGCGGUGGACGGCGAGUACAGGCCCCGGCAGGUUGCGUCGCUGACGCUGCGGAUGGCGGACGGGCUCCCCGUGACCGUGCAGCCGAGACGAGACUGA